AUGACCGUCACCGAAGCCGUCAAAUCCGCCGUCGGGCUCAGCUCAUCACCAGCUCCUGCGACGAGAGAGCAGAUGCGCGAUGCCAAUCUGCCGAUCCAGUACCGUGAUAGCUGUGCGAAUCUGCUGAUACCGCUGAAUCGAUGCCGGUAUGAGGAGUACUAUCUGCCGUGGAAGUGUGAGACCGAGAGACACAGUUACGAGAAGUGCCAGUACGAGGAGUUCAAGAAGCGGGUUGCGAAGAUGGAUGAGUUGAGGGCUGCGAAGGGUGGUGAGAGGAGCAAUUGA